GGCUUUAGAUGAUGAAAAGACUUUACUUAUGACGGCUGGAAAAGACUUUACUUAUGACGGCUGUACUGACCCGGAACUGCCUACACUGGUUGGGAAACCAUAGAGAGUGGAAACUGUUUGCAGACUUCAAUGAUAAUGUCAUUGUAUUUUCCUGGAUUUUCCGACCACAAGUUUUUCCACACACUUUAACGUUUAAUUUAAUUCUCAAUGUCGGCGUAUCGAAAGCGUGCCAAAGUUCCUUUAUCAUCCUUGCGCCUCUGGGUCCCACCACUGAGGCUACUGUCAGCAUUCCUGUGGCGGGUGGCAGAGCAGCGCCUAGUCAAGUACUACACCAGGCUGGAGGAGUUUGUUGCAAUUGUUCUGGAGAUAGUCCCAGACUUACUGAGUGCUACGGAGAGGGUUGAACUACUCUUUGGCCUGAGAGCGAGGUUUAUUCUAGAGUUAUGCCACGAUCAGCCAUCAGUAACUCUGCAGAUAAUGCAGCCACACCUGGAAAGAGUCUCUAGCAUUGCUAAAUCCGUCUCCAUUGAUGAGAUUGGAGAUCAAACCAUUGAAGUUGCUGUGAGGAACUUUCUGGAUCUCAUCCAAACGCUUCUGCGGAAUUCCACAUACAAGAAGCAUUUCUUCCAGGACAUUUACCCAUUGCAUUAUGGUCCCAAAUAUGACACAGCACUUCAGUUACUUGUCUGGGAAUUCCUUUGCAGACUGGAAUUGGUAAUGCCAGUGCCUAGCUUCCAUCAGGCUUCCUCUUGGUUUGAUGAAGACCCCUUACUCUUGGAGGAUUCUUUAGAAAUGGUCAAUGACCCAAAAGAAGUUCAAACGUUGUUGCUGCACUUCAAACAUUUUGGACACCUGGACCCAGGAUCCUCAUCAUCACCCAUCUUGGCCAACACUAUUCUCUCCACAUUGUCGGUCUCGUUUUCUGUGAAAACAGUCCUUAGUCGCUGUGAUCAAGCAGAGAAAUGUGUGUCAACUGCCCAUGUAACCCAAGCUUCAAGGAAUGAAGCAGUUAGACAUGGAGACAUUAAUGAAGAAGCCCAACAUGGAGACAUAAAUGAUGGAGAUGGACAUGGGAAUGUGGAUGUGCUCGAUCCUCAGAGAGACACUGAUCAAGGCAAGCAGAGAAACAGGGAUGAAACCCAUUUCAGAGUGAAGAAUGGUCACUCGAGUGAGUUUGAGAACCCAGUAAGCAACAGGAGUGAGCAAGAAGAUCUGCCAUCAUCAGGACAAGGUCCUGGGGUAUCCCCACCACAAGACAGCUUGAUCACGGAGGGAUCCCAGUCAGUCAGCACAGCCGAUGACUCUGCGAAUCAGCUAGUACAGCAGGCAUGCGCAGAACUUGGGAAUGCUUUUUCAAAAUCAAGUCUUACCAAAAAUCAGACUGGUUACCCUGGAGACAGGCCCCACCUUUGUACUCACUGUGGUAAGAGAUUUAAAUGCACAACCCAUUUGAAGGACCACAUACGUAUUCAUACAGGGGAACGACCCUAUGGCUGCUUAGACUGUGGGAGGAGGUUCUCUCGGAGCACACAUCUGAGGCAACAUAUGAGAUCGCACAGUGCUGAGAGACCGGGCAGCAACAGACGGAAGCAAAAAGUCCCGACACCCUCAGGAGAAGGACCUAGGCUUCCCCCACCACUAGACAGCAUGGAGAAGGGAUCCCAGUCGGUCAGCAAGGCUGGCGGCUCAGCAAGUGUGGAUAAACACAAGCAAACCCAUGUAGAAGAAAAGAAAGCACCCCAAAAGAGUGGAAUUGUCAGCAGGAUGUUGAUUCCUAAACUAAACAACACAGCCACUAGUCGGCUACAGCAUAAAUGUACUGAAUGUGGCAAAGCAUUCUUUUCAAAAUCAGGUCUCAGUAGACACAAGAAAAAACAUACAGAAGAGAGAAAAGAAAAGAGUCGGGUUGGUGCAAAAAUGUUGACACCUCAGUCAAACAGCGCAACCACGAGUGGGCCACUUCGGCAUACGUGCUCCGAAUGUGGCAAAACCUUCAUUUGGAAAUGGGCUCUUACUAAGCAUCAAACCAUUCACUCAGGAGAACGGCCCCACCUCUGCUCAUACUGUGGGAAGGCAUUUAGAGUGAAGAACGUUCUGGAGUGCCACUUGCGCGUCCACACCGGGGAACGACCCUACGGCUGCCCAGUCUGUGGGAAGAGGUUUGUCCAGAAAUCAAACUUGGUUGCUCAUGAGCGAUUACACACGGGUGAGAGACCUUACCUGUGUUCUGUCUGUGGCAAGGGUUUUCCUGUCUCGGGGGCAUUGCUAGUUCAUACGCGGCGCCACACAGGAGAGCGGCCAUACACGUGUGAGUUCUGUGGGAAAAGUUACACAAUGUCAGGCCGUCUGGCUGUACACAGGAGAGUCCACACGAAGGAGAAACCGUAUGCUUGUACAAUGUGUAAAAAGCGGUUUAGGUCAUGCAGCCACUUGAAGAGACAUAUACGAACACAUACAGGGGAGAAACCGUAUGAAUGUUUACAAUGUGGCAAAAGAUUUUCUGUGCGAAGCAAUAUGAAUGUUCAUCAACGUGUACAUAGGUAACAUCUAUGGUUUCGUGCCGAUUUUAGCGUUGGUGGGGCUAAACACUUGAAUGUCAGCUGAAAUGUCAGAAAUCUCAUUCAUAGAUUGCACUCCUAUCCAGAUGUUUAUAUUUAUAAAAUAAACUUGGUUUCUAGACCUUC